AUGCAAUAUUGCCACAGAAUACGACGUACAGCGGUCGCAUUUGAACAGAUACGCGGAAUGUUCAGUGAACUGAUAGAAACACCACGAAGUAUUGGAAAUGAUUGGAAAGCGGGAGAAAAAGUGCCAUAUCUCUGUUUGGCAAAGACAUUCGAAAGUAUUGAAGCUACAUCAUCACGGCUAGAAAUAAUCAAAACAUUGGCUAGUUUUUUUGGGAAAGUGAUAGAACGAACACCAAACGAACUGGUAACGUGUGUUUAUUUGUGUGUAAAUAAACUUGGUCCAACAUAUGAAGGGAUGGAGUUGGGAAUUGCUGAAGGUGCUUUGAUGAAAGCUAUCGCUCAGGCGACUGGUCGUAAGAUUGAUAAACUAAAGGAGGAUUUGAAUCAAAAAGGAGAUUUGGGUUUGGUUGCUCAGAUGAGUCGAAGCAAUCAACGUAUUUUAUUUACGCCGGCACCUCUCACCGUAACUGCAGUUUUUCAUAAAUUGCAAGAUAUGGCGAAAACUUUCGGACAUUUAGCAAUGAACAAAAAAGUGGAUAUGAUUAAAUCACUUCUGGUUUCAUGUCGUGAUUGUGAACCUCGUUAUUUGAUAAGAUGCCUGAGCGGAAAACUACGAAUUGGCUUGGCAGAGCAGUCAAUUCUUGUUGCUCUUGCAAACGCAUUCACUAAUUUUGAAAUUAGAAAAAGUGGUGAAAAACUGAGCUGCGAAAAAAUGAAGGAACGACAAAUGGAGGACAUUUUAUUACUGAGGAGUACAUACAGCGAAUGCCCAGAUUAUGAGAAAAUCAUCGAAGCGGUAUUAAGUAAUGGUUUAUCAAAGCUACCGGAGAAAUGUAAAAUCACACCAGGCAUACCUGUAAAACCAAUGUUAGCGCAUCCGACAAAAGGGAUUGCUGAAGUGCUGAGACGUUUUGGUGGUUCUGUUUUUGCUUGUGAAUUUAAAUAUGACGGUGAAAGAGCUCAAAUACAUUAUGAUUCAUCUCGCAUCAAAAUAUUCAGUCGAAAUCAAGAAAACAAUACUAACAAAUAUCCGGAUGUUGCAGAAUUCUUGAAGCAAAUUAUGGAUGAGGAAACAACAUCUUUUAUUAUUGACUCAGAAAUUGUUGCGUUUGAUCCCAUACACGAAACGAUUUUACCUUUCCAGAUUCUUUCGACAAGAAAGAGGAAGAAUGUAGGCGAGAGUGAAAUUAAAGUUAAAGUCCAUGUAUUUAUAUUCGAUCUGCUCUUUUGGAACGGUCAAUCACUGACGAAAUUACCAUAUCGGAAGCGACGGGAAAUGUUGCGACGACAUUUUAAGGAAGUGGAAGGUGUUUGUGGAUUUGUUGCAUCCAAAGAUACGGAUGAUACGGAACAAAUUUCCGAAUUUUUGGAUGAUGCUAUUAAGGGUAACUGCGAAGGACUUAUGAUCAAAACCCUUGAUUUUGAUGCAACCUAUGAAAUAGCAAAACGGUCACGCAGUUGGCUAAAGCUUAAAAAGGAUUAUUUGGAUACAAUUGGAGACACUGUUGAUCUCACUGUUAUUGGUGCAUACUUUGGUACGGGUAAAAGAACAGGCGUUUAUGGUGGUUACCUGCUGGCAUGCUACAAUCCAACAAAUGAGGAAUAUGAAAGCAUUUGCAAGAUCGGUACAGGUUUUACUGAUGACGAUCUUCGCCAGCAGUAUCAGUACUUUGAAGAACUCAGGAUCGGAAAGGCUCGUCCUUACUAUUCUUACGAUAGCUCAUUAAAACCGGAUGUAUGGUUUGACCCGAAAAUUGUGUGGGAAGUGAAAGCAGCUGAUCUGUCAAUAUCUCCUAAACAUUUUGCUGGAAGAGGAAUCGUAGAUCUGGAAAAAGGAAUCUCACUACGAUUUCCUCGAUACGUUCGAAGGCGAACUGAUAAAACACCGGAAGAAGCUACCACUUCACAACAGAUAGCGGAUAUGUACAGCAACCAGGAACAGAUCAGAAAUAAGGGAGCAGUUGAUGCUAAUGACGAUAAUAAUGAUGACUACUAUUAA